AUGCCCUCGAACGAGAAUUAUCAUAAUGGCGCCUCGAUGGAGACUGAAAAGUUGCUAAGGCGAGUCAAUCAGUUAGCAAACACGUUCAACGAUUCUCAUGGCGAGGCCGACCGCCUGAAAGCUCUGCGCGCGGCACAGGAACUGGUGACUGCACUCCAAAAGCCGCAGGAUGCGGUGUACAACCUCGCUUAUUCACCCACCCAUGUGAUGUGUGUUAGGAUCGCCAUCGAUCUGAAUAUUUUCACCACCUUAAGCGAAAGGAACUGCCCGACGACAUUGGAGGAUUUGGCGGCUGUCAAGGGCGCUGAUCCCAUCCUGACAGAACGCGUCUUGCGCAUUUUGGCCGGCAUCGACUAUGUGGCGGAGCACGAUGUGAGAGUGUAUACCCCAACGGCAAUGACGAGGCAAAUGACCGACCGUUUGAGUCUGGCGGUGGUGAAGUUCAUCUUCGAUGUCGGGAUGCCCACGCUCGCCAAAGUCCCGGAGUUUCUGCGAAUGACUGAGUACCAAAAUCCCUCGGGUCCUUUGAACGGUGCAAUCCACCAUGCGGAGAAGAUGGACACUAUCAUCUGGGAGUGGCUCGCCACAAAAUCGGGAUACCUGAACGCCUGCAACACGUUCAUGGAAGCGGAUCGGGGCAGCCGACCCAGCUGGUUGGAGUGGUUUCCGGUUCAGGAGCAAUUGAUCGACGGUUUCCAAAAGGGUGACACUGAUGUGCUCCUUGUAGACGUAGCAGGAGGACGUGGACAUGAUAUUGCUGCCUUCCAGACCAAAUUCCCCAAUGCACCAGGUCAAUUGGUACUGGAGGAUCUCCCGCAGGUUCUAGAUAGUGCAGUGGUUCACCCUAAGAUUGAACACAUACCUUUCGAUCUGUUCAAGCAGCAGCCGAUACAAGGUGCGCGGACUUACUAUCUGAAAUUCAUCCUGCACGAUUGGUCGGAUGAGGAUUGUCGUCGGAUCCUGAGGCAGGUCGGAGCGGCCAUGAAGAAGGGAUACUCGAAAUUGAUCAUCGAGGAGUUUGUGCUUGCGGAUAGAGACUGUGCUAUGCUGCCUGCUAUGUGGGACUGGGAGAUGUUGAAUUUUUGCAAUAGCAUGGAACGUACGGCGGACCGGUGGAGGAGCUUGGUCGGUUCUGCAGGCUUCCGAGUAGUGAAAUUUUGGCCUCCUCCAGGGGAUGGACAGGGUAUAAUUGAAGCGGAGCUGGAGUAG